AUGGACAGUCGUACCAUUCUGUUUGAAAAGGCCUCUUUUGUGGAAGAUCUGUGUGAAGGUUUGUCCCAUGGGUUGAAGAUUGAAGACGUGUCUGUGAUUUCCAAGGCUCCAGUAAGAAUUCCUACCAAGGAUCCCAUCAAAAUUACUGCUGAUCCUCGUGUGGCCCCUUUGAUUAUCACUAAGCCCGAUCCAAUCCCAUACUCCUCCAACAAUGCUAUCCCUUGGAAUUAUGGUGCUGAUGUCUAUAUUCAUGGAGUAAAGCAGGAGUCCUUGAUUGAUAAGGUGGUUGAAGUUACUAAUCCUGAUGUCGACAAUAUUGUGGGGACAAUUCCAACUCUUGUUCCUGCUCUCAAUCCAAUUGCUGAUGUUCGAGGCAAAGGUCCAGUGCUCGAACCUGUCCCUACCCCAGCUGAAGCUACUAUUGAAGAUUCCAUCCAGAAGGAGAUGGAUGAGAUCCUGAAGAUUAUCCGCAAGAGUGAUUACGAUGUAAUUGUACAGUUAGGGCAUACUGCCUCUAAAGUCUCCAUGCUGUCACUGUUGACUUGUUCUGAGGCCCAUGCCAAGGCUUUGAUGAGGUUCCUAAAAGCUGCGCACGUGCCACAAGAGAUUUUUUUCAACCAGUUCGAGAAUUGUAUUGCAAGCAUGACAACAGACAAUUAUCUUGGGUUUUCUGAUGCUAAAUUGAUCCCCGCCGAAAAGAAUCAUAAUAAUAAGGCCCUGCAUAUCUCCAUUGAAUGUAGGGGAACCACUUUGGCCCAUGUACUAGCAGAUAGUGGAUCAUCUAUGAACGUGCUACCCAAGAUGGUGCUGGACAAACUCAACCCCGAAGGGUUUAUGCUGAAACCUAGUGAUGUGAUAGUAAAAGCUUUCGAUGGUUCAAAGAGUACGAUAUACGUAGAAGUUGAGCUUCCAAUCAGAGUAGGUUCUCAGAAUUUUGACGUUGUGUUCUAUGUGAUGAACAUCCAUCCUACUUAUUCCUGUCUGCUUGGGCGCCCAUGGAUACAUGGGGCAAAUGAUGUGACCUCGACCCUUCACCAAAAGCUGAAAUAUCCGGUGAAAGGCAAGAUUGUCACCGUGCAUAGAGAGGAAGAAUAUGUGGUGAGCUAUGUAAAUGAGUCCACAUAUGUUGAGGUGGAUGGUGAAUUCAUUGAAACUCCUUGCCAUAAAUUUGAAUUGGUUCCCCAGGUUGUCUCUGCUGCUAAACAUGUCCCCACUAUUCCCAAAGUCACCAGAAUUCCUCCAACGAUGGCUUCUCUAAAGGAUGCCAAGGCUGUAGUUGAAGAAGGUGGUUGCACUAUUUGGGGCUAA